AUUAACUCAAGGAAAUUUAAUCCAAGGUAGAAAGUGUCUCAAAUAUUAUGAGAUGAGGAUAAACAUAAAAGUUGCAGAGACUUCCAUGGAAUUCAAUGCCGUAUUCCCAAAUACUUUUCUUCUCAAGAGUUGCAGAGACUUCCCCUGAUCCUUUUUUAGCUACAAACUUUACUUCUGAAGAAUAUCUAAUAUUCUUAAAGAUCUGUUGCAGAGAGUUCCCUUAAUCAAUCCCUUGUUACCUACAAGAAAAGAAAAAAAAACAUGGCUGGUUUUGUUGGAGAAGCCGUUUUGUCUGGGUUCAUUCAGAAGUUGGUCGACAUGGUCGCCUCGCCGGAGCUGUGGAAGUACGCACGUGAAGAGCAAGUGGAUUCUGAACUGAACGAGUGGAAGAAAAUAUUGAUGAAGAUCUACGCAGUGCUCCAUGACGCGGAGGACAAGCAGAUGACAAACCCCCUGGUGAAGAUGUGGCUACACGACCUCAGAGACUUGGCUUAUGAUGUAGAGGACAUCUUGGAUGAAUUCGCCACCCAAGCUUUGCGACGCAACUUGAUCGUGGCUCAACCCCAACCGCCCACUGGUACUGUUCAGAGCAUUUUCUCUUCUUUGUCUACUAGUCUCACUUUGAGUGCUGCUUGGUCCAAUUUAAGUAUGGGUUCCAAGAUAGAGGAGAUCACUGCCAGAUUGCAAGAUAUUUCAGCCCAAAAAAAGCACCUGGAUUUAAGAGAUGUUUCUGCUGGUUGGUCUGGUAGAAAGAGACUACGGAGACUGCCAUCCACUUCUUUGGUGAUAGAAUCUCGUAUUUACGGCAGGGAAACAGAAAAAGCAGCCAUACUUGCCAUGCUGCUCAAGGAUGAUCCAAGUGAUGAUGAAGUCUGCGUGAUCCCUAUCGUCGGCAUGGGAGGUAUAGGCAAAACUACUCUUGCUCAACUUGCGUUUAAUGACGAUAAAGUGAAGGAUCAUUUUAAUUUGCGAGCUUGGGUCUGUGUUUCCGAUGAUUUUGAUGUUUUGAGGGUGACCAAAACUAUUCUGCAAUCACUUUCUCCACAUACACGUUAUGCCAACAAUCUUAAUUUGCUUCAGAUUGAGCUCAGGGAGAAACUUUACCGGAAGAAAUUUCUUCUUAUCUUGGACGACGUUUGGAAUGAGAAUUUUGAUGAAUGGGAUAUUUUGUGCAUGCCGAUGAGAGCCGGAGCGUCAGGUAGUAAGCUUAUUGUCACAACCCGUAAUAAAGGGGUUGUAUCUGUUACCGGAACUUGUUCAGCUUAUCCCCUUCAGGAGUUAUCAUAUGAUGAUUGUCUAUCUUUAUUCACCCGACAAGCAUUAGGGGCAAGAAACUUUGAUGCUUAUCCACACCUGAAAGAAGUUGGAGAGGAGAUAGUCAGAAGGUGCAAAGGCUUGCCUUUGGCAGCAAAGGCGCUUGGUGGCAUGUUGCGCAAUCAACUAAAUCGCAGAGCAUGGGAAGAUAUAUUAAAAAGCAAGAUAUGGGAUCUCCCGGAGGAGAAAAGUCAUAUUCUUCCGGCCCUCAAGCUAAGCUACCAUCAUCUUCCUUCUCAUUUGAAGCGGUGUUUUGCUUAUUGCUCGAUAUUUCCAAAAGACUAUGAAUUCGACAAAGAUGAAUUAAUCCUAUUAUGGAUGGCAGAAGGUUUUCUGCAACAACUAAAGGGAGACAACCAGCCUGAGAAGUUAGGUUGUGAGUACUUUGAUGAUUUAUUCUCAAGGUCAUUUUUUCAACAGUCAACUCAAAAUUCAUCUCAAUUUUUAAUGCAUGAUCUUAUUAACGAUCUAGCUCAAUCUAUUUCCGGAGACAUAUGCUUUAAUUUUGAUGAUGAGUUAGAGAAUAAUAAGCAAUCCACGGCUGUUUCAGAGAAGGCUCGUCAUUUGUCAUUCAAUCGUCAACGUUACGAGAUGAUGAGAAAAUUCGAAGCGUUUCAUAAGGCUAAGUGUUUGCGGACGUUAGUUGCUUUGCCACUCACUACAUUUUCUACAUAUUUCAUUUCAAGUAAGGUGCUAGAUGACCUUUUAAAAGAAAUGAAAUGUUUGCGGGUAUUGUCAUUAAGCGGUUAUUUCAUAAGUGAGAUGUUACCAAAUUCCAUAGGCGGUUUGAAACAUCUGCGCUAUUUGAAUUUAUCUGAUUCUUUGAUGAAUAGGUUACCCGAUUCAGUGGGUCAUCUUUAUAAUUUGCAAACACUGAUAUUACGCAAUUGCUAUAGACUUGUUGAGUUGCCUAUGGGAAUUGGAGGCCUCAUCAACCUUCGACAUGUUGAUAUUUCUGGUGCAGUUCAACUACAGGAGAUGCCCCCUCAAAUGGGAAACUUAACCAAUUUGCAAACAUUAUCCGACUUUAUUGUGGGCAAAGGUAGCAGGUCGGGUGUCGAAGAAUUAAAGAAUUUGUUGGGUCUCCAAGGAAAGCUUUCCAUUUCAGGGUUGCAUAAUGUGGUAGAUAUUCAAGAUGCAAGGAGUGUUAAUUUACAGAAGAAGCAGAACAUCAAAGAGUUAACACUGAAAUGGAGCAGUGAUUUUGGUGAAUCAAGAAAUAAAAUGAAUGAGAGGCUUGUUUUAGAGUGGCUACAACCUCAUAGAAAUCUGGAAAAGCUCACCAUUGCAUUCUAUGGUGGACCAAACUUUCCAAGUUGGAUAAAGAAUCCCUCAUUCCCUUUAAUGACACACUUGGUUCUCAAGAAUUGCAAGAUAUGCACAUCGUUACCGGCUCUCGGCCAAUUAUCCUUACUCAAAAACUUGCAUAUCGAAGGGAUGAGUGAAGUUAGAACCAUAGAUGAGGACUUUUAUGGAGGGAUUGUCAAGUCUUUUCCAUCCUUGGAGUUUCUGAAGUUUGAAAAUAUGCCAACAUGGAAAGAUUGGUUUUUUCCAGAUGCAGAUGAACAAGUGGGACCAUUUCCAUUCCUUCGAGAACUUACAAUAAGGAGAUGCUCAAAGCUAGGAUUUGCAUCUCUUGGUGAAUUAAGUUUAGAAGAAUGUGAAGGGGUGGUGUUCAGAAGUGGGGUUGAUAGUUGUCUUGAGACAUUAGCUAUUGGACGGUGUCACUGGCUUGUAACGUUGGAGGAGCAAAUGCUACCUUGCAAACUUAAAAUUUUGAAAAUACAAGACUGUGCUAACCUGGAGGAGCUGCCAAACGGAUUGCAAAGUCUCAUAUCUCUCCAAGAGUUGAAAUUAGAGAGGUGCCCCAAACUGAUUUCAUUUCCAGAGGCCGCUUUGUCACCCUUGCUCAGAUCUCUGGUGCUGCAGAACUGCCCAUCUCUCAUAUGCUUUCCAAAUGGUGAGCUGCCCACCACGCUCAAGCAUAUGAGGGUUGAAGAUUGUGAAAAUUUGGAGUCUCUACCAGAGGGAAUGAUGCACCACAAGUCCUCUUCCACUGUAAGCAAAAACACUUGUUGCCUUGAAAAAUUGUGGAUAAAGAAUUGUUCCUCUCUCAAGUUCUUUCCAACAGGAGAGUUACCCUCCACCCUUGAGCUCCUUUGUAUUUGGGGAUGCGCAAACUUGGAGUCAAUAUCAGAGAAAAUGUCACCCAAUGGCACAGCUCUUGAAUAUUUAGACAUAAGGGGCUAUCCAAAUCUGAAAAUCCUACCAGAAUGCCUUACAAGCCUCAAGGAGCUCCACAUAGAAGAUUGUGGAGGUCUGGAGUGUUUUCCAAAAAGAGGGUUGUCAACCCCCAACCUCAUGCACCUUCGUAUUUGGAGAUGUGUGAAUCUCAGGUCCCUUCCACAGCAAAUGAAAAACCUCACAUCUGUUCACACUCUCAGCAUACGGGGUUUUCCAGGAGUGGAAUCCUUUCUAGAAGGGGGUUUGCCCCCCAAUCUAACAUCACUUUACGUUGGAUUGUGUCAGAAUCUGAAAACACCCAUAUCUGAAUGGGGACUCCUUACCCUCACCUCUCUUUCUGAAUUGUCCAUUUGUGGAGUGUUUCCCAAUAUGGCUUCUUUUUCGGAUGAAGAGAGUCUGCUUCCUCCAUCUCUGACCUAUCUUUUCAUCAGUGAACUGGAAUCUUUAACCACCCUGGCUCUCCAAAAUCUGGUGUCUCUUACUGAACUAGGUAUUGAUUGUUGCUGCAAGCUCAGUUCCUUGGAGUUGCCUGCAACACUUGGAAGACUUGAAAUCACUGGUUGUCCUAUUAUAAAAGAAAGCUGCUUAAAGGAGAAGGGAGGAUACUGGCCCAACUUCUCCCACAUCCCCUGCAUUCAAAUAGAUGGCUCAUACAUCCAUUGAAAGAUAGUAGACUCAGAUUGAAAUACAUUUUUCUCUUGUCAAGAAGGAUAGAUCCAUUCAUCUUUAUGCUUACUUUAGUCAAUCAGGUACAACCCACUUCUGCUUUUCUAGGCUUUUUUUACUUUCCAAUAUUUAAACCAAUUGUCUUGGAUUUAGUCCAAAUUUUUUACACAAAUAAAAGUUCUGUAGAGAAGAUGAAAGUAAGUAAACCUAUAAUUCAGAUGAUGAAACCUAUGAUAGCAUUUAAGUUUAGUAUUACUUUUCGAAAUGGUUCUUACUCUGUAAAUAUUUACUUUGUCAUUUUAUUUUGUCCUUGAAACUAUUUCAAGAGAUCCAAUCAUUCUGAAAUUUUAUGUAAUUAUUUCUCUUCAUAAUACUGGUGAAGUUGUAACCAAUUUCUGUUCUUGCCUUGUAGAUUCAGAGGGAUAAUGCUUGGUAGAGAUGUGGCAGGAAGCACAGGGUGAAGAUGACAGAAGAUCUUUGACAGAAGUUACUCACUGGGGUGGGUUCUUCUCUCACUUAUUGUCUCUUCAACUGUGUCCUUUUUAUUUUUAUAAUUGUUGGUAGACUUGUAUAGUGAUUUGAAAAAUGCUUUGCAAUGAUCAUUUAUAAAUAUUUACAUUGUCAUGUCACUAAGUCUUUGAUGGUAUUUCAAGAAAUUGUUCAUUGUUGCUCACUUCAAAUUUCUAUCCAAACAUCACUCAUUCAACCACAGAGUGUCAUUAUGAACUGAAGCUAUGUAUAAACUAUCUUGAACGAGCUCAUUUUGAUUGAUAAUGUUAGUGUAGUUCUUGCUAAUUCUUUUCCUGCUAAUGUGACUGCCAAUUUUCAUUCUAAAUUCAUGGGGUUCUGGCUUGACAAGGAUGUUGCAGAGGUAAACAGGUAUGUCUCCCUUAGAGUUCUGGUUUCCCUAGUGUAGAGAUGAAAGCAAACUAAUAGGUAUGUCUCCCUGUUCAGAAUAUGUGGCUUCCCAUUUCAUUGGCCCCAUAUUGGUUUGGCCUUCAGAAAAUAAAUGAAAUUUCUUCUCAACAUGUAGGAUGAAAAAAAUAUGGUGAAUUUCUAUGACUGGUGCAAUUGAUUUUUAAUUUCUCACAAGAUUUUUCAUUGAUGUUUCAUUUAGAGGUGGAUAUCGACUGUAGUUAUGGCUUGGCAUUCUCUCUUUGCUUUUCAUGCUGCUGUUAAUCCUCUGUUUCACACAAACAGAGUCAUUUUUCUAGAUGAAGUAACGUUGGCAUUCUGUUGUUUUUGCAGUGUGAUUAACCCUAAUUUUACACAUAUACAGUCCCAUCCACAGAUCCAUGAAUUGUACUACAGGUUUAUUUGUGCAAGGUUAUACUGCUUUUGUUUUGAGUUCAAGCCAGUCUUAAGAAGAUUGGAGAGGGCAUUAAACAAACCUUCUGGCUGACUCUGGAUGUAUACUAUAGUAUCUUAAGAAAGGUGCCUACAUAUUUAUUGACCACCUAAUCUCUGGUCCUUGGGCUGCCUGCAAUACUUAGAAGGCUUAGCACAGGUUGUCCUAUUCUAAAAGAAAUGUGCUUAUAAGAGAACUACAUUGCCCACAUCCCCUUUAUUGAUAUAGAUAUUAGAUAUAUCCAUUUACUGUCCCAGCCAUAUCCUCUCUUGCUUCCAAUCAGGCACGGGCUUUCAUAUCAUAAAUAUUAGCAAUUUUCUUCAAACUCUACUUUCCCUACUCAAAAUAACAAAAGCAGAGACCACUCUUACUUAUUUUAAACUGGGUAUGUCUGCCCAUUCAUUUAAAUUGGGUAUGUUUUGCCAUGAUGUAGGUUUUGACAAAGGAAAGGGCUGCCUGCAACACUCCCAAUGCUUGAAUCAAGAAAUUUCAUAUUCUAAAAACUGAUGGUAAGAGGACGUGGGGAGAUUGCAUCUUUUGUAGGAGAGCAGGUUUGGAUUAGAAUGCCUCAGUGGUCUUGAAAGUCUGGAGAUCUGGUAGUGGAAUGGACUUGUACCCUUUGGACUUUAAAGCAGCAGGGCUGCUUGGCAAUCUUAAAUAUUUGCAAUUGGAAGACUGGGCUAACCAGAAGAAGCAGAAGACUGCAGUUUAGCCUCCAACCUUACAUCACUUUAUAUGGGAGAUCAUGUGAAUCUGAAGCUGCCAUUAUCUGAGUAGGGCCUCCACAGGCUCACUUCUCUUUCAUCAUUUGUACAUUUCUGGUGUAUGUCCAGCUCUGGCUUCUCUAUCAGAUGAUGACUAUCUUUUUCCCACAACUGAGCAAUUUUUUUAUUCGUAAACUGGAUUCCAUCGCAUCUGUGGCUUUCAAAAACCUGCGUUCUCUUGAAACUAUAUCCAUCUAUAGGUGUCCUAAGCUCUGGUCCAAAGGGUUGACUGAAAAACUUUCGAGGCAUGACCUCAAUACUACAUGAUUAUCUGCUUUCUUCAA